AACACGAGCUUACAGCAAAGCCAAGCAUACGAAAGCAGAGCAAAACCCCAAGCAUCCACCGCAAGCGAGCCGAGCACCGCCGACCGGCCAUGGCUCCCAACCUCAGCAAGGCGACGGACGACCUGCUCGGCGACGUGGCCGUGGACGGCCUCAAGCAAUCGCCGCGCUUCACGCUCAAGGGCAAGGACCUCGCCGUCAACGGCCACCCGGCCCUCCUCGACGUCCCCGCCAACAUCCGCCUCACCCCUGCCUCCGUCCUCGUGUCCGCUGCCGAGGUUGCCGGCGCCACCGACGGCAGCUUCCUCGGCUUCGACGCCCCGUCGCCGGAGAGCCGCCAUGUGGUGCCGAUCGGCAAGCUGGUUGACACGCGGUUCAUGAGCAUCUUCCGCUUCAAGGUAUGGUGGACGACGCACUGGGUGGGCACCGCCGGCCGCGACGUGGAGAACGAGACCCAGAUGAUGGUGCUCGACCGCACCGCCGACCGCCCCUACCUGCUCCUCCUGCCCAUCGUCGACGGCGCCUUCCGCGCCAGCCUCCAGUCCGGGGAGGACGACCACGUGGCGCUCUGCCUCGAGAGCGGCUCCUCUGUCGUGAAGGGGGCCGUGUUCAGGAGCGCCGUGUACCUGCACGCCGGCGACGAUCCGUUCGAGCUGGUGAGGGAGGCGGCCAGGGUGGUGCGCGCCCACCUCGGAACCUUCCGGCUGCUGGAGGAGAAGACGCCGCCGCCGAUCGUGGACAAGUUCGGGUGGUGCACCUGGGACGCCUUCUACCUCAAGGUGCACCCGGAGGGGGUGUGGGAGGGCGUGCGCGGGCUGGCGGAGGGCGGGUGCCCCCCGGGGCUCGUGCUCAUCGACGACGGCUGGCAGUCCAUCUGCCACGACGAAGACGACCCCGCCGACGGCGCCGAGGGCAUGAACCGCACGGCCGCCGGCGAGCAGAUGCCGUGCCGGCUCAUCAAGUUCCAGGAGAACCACAAGUUCAGGGACUACAAGGGCGGCCUCGGCCUCGGCGGGUUCGUGCGCGAGAUGAAGGCCGCGUUCCCGACGGUGGAGCAGGUGUACGUGUGGCACGCGCUCUGCGGCUACUGGGGCGGGCUCCGGCCCGGCACGCCGGGGCUGCCGCCGACCAAGGUCGUCGCGCCCAAGCUCUCCCCGGGGCUCAAGCACACCAUGGAGGACCUCGCCGUCGACAAGAUCGUCAACAACGGCGUCGGGCUCGUCGACCCGGAGCACGCGCGCGAGCUCUACGAGGGCCUCCACUCCCACCUCGAGGCCUCCGGCAUCGACGGCGUCAAGGUCGACGUCAUACAUCUGCUGGAGAUGCUGUGCGAGGAGUACGGCGGGCGGGUGGAGCUUGCCAAGGCCUACUUCCGCGGGCUCACGGAGUCCGUGCGCCGGCACUUCGGCGGCAACGGCGUGAUCGCCAGCAUGGAGCACUGCAACGACUUCAUGCUGCUGGGCACGGAGGCGGUGGCGCUGGGCCGCGUCGGCGACGACUUCUGGUGCACCGACCCCUCCGGCGACCCCAACGGCACCUUCUGGCUGCAGGGCUGCCACAUGGUGCACUGCGCCUACAACUCCCUCUGGAUGGGCAGCUUCAUCCACCCGGACUGGGACAUGUUCCAGUCCACGCACCCCUGCGCCGCCUUCCACGCCGCCUCCCGCGCCGUCUCCGGCGGCCCCGUCUACGUCAGCGACUCCGUCGGCAGCCACGACUUCGCGCUCCUCCGCCGCCUCGCUCUCCCGGACGGCACCAUCCUCCGCUGCGAGCACCACGCGCUCCCCACCCGCGACCUCCUCUUCCUCGACCCGCUCCACGACGGCAAGACCAUGCUCAAGAUCUGGAACCUCAACAGGUUCUCCGGCGUGCUGGGCGCGUUCAACUGCCAGGGCGGCGGGUGGAGCCCCGAGGCGCGCCGGAACAAGUGCUGGUCGCAGUGCUCCGUCCCCGUCACCGCGCGCGCCGGCCCGGCCGACGUCGAGUGGAAGCAGGGCACCGCCCACCCCGUCGCCGUCGAGGGCGCCGCGCAGUUCGCCGUCUACUUCGUCGAGGCCAAGAAGCUGGAGCUGCUGCUCCCGGAGGAGACGGUGGAGAUCACGCUCGAGCCGUUCAACUACGAGCUCCUCGUGGUGGCGCCCGUCCGGGUCGUCUCGCCGGACAAGGACAUCCGGUUCGCGCCCAUCGGGCUCGCCAACAUGCUCAACACCGGCGGCGCGGUGCAGGCCUUCGAGUCCAGCGAGGGCGGCAACGGCGAGGUGACCGUGGAGGUGGCUGUCAAGGGCGCGGGGGAGAUGGCGGCCUACUCGUCGGCGAAGCCCAGGCUGUGCAAGGUUGAGGGCGAGGACGCCGAGUUCGCGUACAAGGACGGCGUGGUCACAGUGGCCGUGCCGUGGUCCGGCUCGUCGUCCAAGCUGUCUCGUGUCGAGUAUGUCUAUUGACGUCUCGGCCUCUUGUCAACCGGGAGCUUAGCACGUUUCGCGUCCAAAUAAUUUUAUUUAGGUGGAGCUUCUAAUUUGUACAGCUCUUAUCUUUAGUUUUUUGGUUUGAUUUACCCUUUUUACUCGUGAGGAUUUCAUCUAUCUAAAUUGAAUCAAUAAAAUUUCUGGUUUUUGUUA